GGUCACACAGUUUCCUCACCUCCUGCCAUGCUCGGUUUCCUUGCUCUGAGAUAGAAAGCUUUGAGGCUCUAUGUUCAGUCUGUGGUGACAGUGACCUAAAUAGGUGACAACCUUACAUCAUCAGGGGACCACAGACUGGUGUCUGUUUCUCUGGGGGUAUGAAGCUUAACAGAGGUUCUCAUUUUAUCUACCACUUUGUGCUUGUGGGAGUGUGAGUUUUCUGUCCCAGCAGUGUGCUGUUGUGACUUCAGAGAUGUGUAUUGGACACGCACAACGCCAUUGGUCGCUGGCCCUUCUCUUUUUGUCUGGUGUUGUGUGUACCUUGCCUGGGUGGAAUGUGGAGUAUCAGCCUGAACCAAUUUAUGCCGUUAAAGGUUGUUCCGUUGUCAUCCCUUGUUUAUUUUCCUAUCCUGUGAACCAAGUAGUGAAAAGGGUGAUGUGGGGUCACAACGUUUCAGAUCCCUCUAAAAAAAGCAUAUAUGAUAGUGUUAGGAAACACCCCACCAAAUUUGUUUACCUUGGUAAUAGAGUUAACAAUUGUUCAUUUCAAAUAAACCAACUAGAACAUAGAGAUUCUGGGAUAUAUAAAUUCAGAUUUAAGACUGACAAAAACCAAUGGACUGGUGUUGUUGGCUCAACACUGAAAGUGGUUGAUUUAAUUUCCGUCACAACAUCCAGAAAUGGGACAAUAAUAGAAGGAGAUUUUGUAAAUAUGACCUGUAAGAACAUCUAUGAUGGUCCGCAUAGAUCAUCUAUUGAGUGGUCGAAGAAUGGAGUACCUUUCUACAAUGGAUCAACACUGUACAUUAAUAAUAUAUCCCUUCAAAACUCUGGAAGCUAUGCUUGUAUGCUGAACUAUAAUAGCCGUCGAACACUUUCAGAAGUCUUCCGUGUCAAUGUUGAAUAUGGGCCAAAAAACACAUCAGUGUCAAUCAGUCCGUGUUCAGAGGUAGAGAAGGGUAGUAAUGUUACCCUGACCUGCAGCAGUGAAGCAAAUCCACCAGUCCAGAGAUAUGCUUGGUUUCUAAUCGAUGGCAGCGUUCACCACAAACUCACAUCUCACUUUGAGCUUUAUUUUUGGGAUGUUCAGUCUUAUUCUAGUGGACAAUACUACUGUGUAGUUAACAACAAACAUGGGAGUCAGAAUUCAUCAAUAGUAACUCUGGAAGUAAAAGACGAGGAACUCAAACUCAUAUGGAUUAUUAUUACGUAUAUGCUACUGACUGUCACACUACUCAUGAUCAUUGUUUAUAUGAAAAGAAGGAUGAUAUUGUCUACUACUCCUGACAAAGAAGAGACUACUGAGAGAUAUAUGCACGCUGAGUGCCCUGUUGAGGAGAGCGAGGAGGACCCAAACCAAAUCAUCUACACAACAGUGUACAUGACCACAAAACCACAAACUCUGCUGCACAGUGAGGAACACCCUACGAUAUACAGCCCUGUGGAACAACUCAACUUCAGUUUAAGCCCUGCUGAGGAUCCCUCUGAGGAGCAGCGGACCUGUGAAAGUGUAUCCAUCUACGAUGCUGUAUUCAGUGGUCAGUGAUGACCCAGUGACAAACACCUGGAGCUGAACAACAAGCGUGGAUGUGUUCAGAGAAAGUACAAUUGACAAAUAAGUGUUACCAUGUGUUGCUUUUUUCCAAAUCUAUUGCAUUAUGUAUUAUACCAAACGUUCUAAAGCUGGCUUGAGAUUGUUUAAUACUGGAAAUAAACACAUUUGAUUGUCCAGUGAGUUGUUGCAAUCGACUACCUACCAACACAUAGCCUAACUAAACUCCUUGAGUGUCUUGUGAUGUGACCGCCCACACAUCAAUCUCUAUACAAUAGAAACCAAACCAUUACACAGUAAACUUUUCAUCCAGUUCCACCACCAACACCAGAACUCCUUCUUC